CUCCAUUUCCCAAAUUGAUUAGGGUUUAGGGUAUUAUUGACCAUUCUUUCUCUGGAAAUUUCGAACGGUGAAGAAAUUACUGAACUACAAAAUGGAUUCGAAGUUAAUAAGCGAUGCUUCAGAUUACGGUUUGAGAAUUGAGAUCAUGCAGCUGAAACACAUUCCGGCGGCGGCGGCGGCGGCAGACUCCGACAACAAGGCGGUGGUAUCGGCUAUUGAGAAGUUUGGGACAAUGAAACGCCGUCGUAACGCCUUUUCCAAAGUAUUUUGGGAUAUAUUCUAAGUUUUGAGGAUUUUCUGAAAUAUAUACGAUUUCUGGAAUAAUCGGAGAAGCAGAGAAAAAUGGCGAACAACGAUAUCGAACAUUACAAGUCGAAGGUGACACCGUAUGUGUUUGCAUGCUGGAUACUUGCUGCCUUCGGAGGGCUAAUGUUCGGUUACGACAUCGGCAUUUCGGGUGGAGUAACGGCUAUGGACGAUUUCUUGAUAAAGUUUUUCCCGAACGUACACGAGAGGAAAAUGCACGUGUCGGAGAACAACUACUGUAAAUACGAUGACCAAAUGCUGCAACUCUUCACAUCUUCGUUGUACAUAGCAGCGUUGAUAGCUAGCUUCUUUGCAUCGAGAGCUUGUACACUUUUAGGGCGCCGCCCCACUAUUCUUAUGGCUUCGACUUUUUUCAUCGGUGGGGCUUGCUUGUGUGGGGCCGCCGAGGCCAAGUGGAUGCUUAUUGUUGGUCGAAUUCUUUUCGGCAUUGGAGUUGGUUUCGGAAACGAAGCGGUUCCGUUGUUUUUAACAGAAAUCGCACCGGUACAACACAGAGGGGCGGUGAAUAUCCUCUUCCAGCUCUUCGUGACAAUCGGGAUUUUCAUCGCAAACCUAAUAAACUACGCCACGUCGAUGAUUCAUCCCAACGGAUGGAGGAUUUCGUUAGGCCUUGCAGCAGUACCAGGUUGUGUUCUUUUGGUCGGAUCUCUGAUAAUUACCGAAACGCCAUCGAGCCUUAUCGAGAGAGGCAAAGAAGACGAGGGCAAAAAGGCCCUUAAAAAGAUAAGGGGUGUCGAUGAAGUUGACGCCGAGUUUCGGCAAAUUGUGGCUGCAUGCGAACAAGGGAGACAAGUGAAGAAGCCAUUCAAGAAACUGUUCAAGAGAUCUGGAAUUCCGGCGCUGUUUGUUGCUAAUAUAAUUCAGGUGUUCCAACAGCUGACGGGGAUUAAUGCAAUCAUGUUUUACGCUCCUGUCUUGUUUCAGACAUUAGGGUUUAAAUCCGAUGCUUCGUUGUUGUCGUCUGUCAUUACCGGAUUGGUUAAUGUUGGUGCUACUUUCGUAUCUAUCUACCUUGUGGAUAAAGUAGGAAGGAGAAAGCUGCUUCUCCAAGCUUCUGUCCAGAUGUUCAUCUCACAGGUUGCGAUUGGAGCAAUCUUGCUAACUCAUCUAAGUGCAACCGGCACACUGCACAAGGGGCUAGCAGCUCUAGUGGUUAUUUUAGUGUGCACGUUUGUGAUGUCGUUCGCAUGGUCGUGGGGCCCGAUGGGGUGGCUGAUUCCGAGUGAAAUAUUCCCGAUCGAGACAAGAACAGCAGGUUUCGCAUUUGCUGUCAGCACAAACAUGAUAUUCACGUUCAUAAUCGCGCAGGCGUUUCUAUCAAUGAUGUGUCAUAUGAGGGCGUACAUAUUCUUCUUCUUCUCCGCAUGGAUUCUCGUGAUGGGACUCUUUGUCGUGUUCCUAUUGCCCGAGACGAAAGGAAUACCGAUCGAGCUUAUUGAGGAAAGAGUAUGGAAGCAGCAUCCGGUGUGGAAAAAGUUCUACGACGACGAGGAAGGGAAGAGAGACGACAUGGCUUGAAUAAUGUGAACAUGUAAAAAGGAUUUUGUGUACAUAGUGUUGUUUUGGGUGAAUUAGUUUUCGGUUUUCGUUUGUCCUUUGUCUCCAGAUUAAUGUUGGUCUUGUUUUUCGAUUUUUUUUCGACACUUUCUGGUAUGUUUGUACAUCUGGGAAGCUGUCCUGUUGAUGAAUAUUUACUUGCGAUUUAAAUUAUUAAAUUAAUAUAUAAGGCUCUUUGUAUUUA